AGUUCGUUUGAGUUGAAGUUCUGUGUUGGUGUGUAGAUGAGUACCUAGAUUUUCUAAAUAAUAGAAACAAUAAUAACGUAACAAAUAACGCCACUUCAAGCUUCGAAGCUUCAAAUCUACCUCGAUAACAACAGUGUAUUUUUGCGAAACGUUAAAAGUGCGUUCAUAUUUUUUCGUGACUAAAAAUAUGAUAACCACCUAAGUAUUAAUCAGCGAGUGGCCCUCUAGUUUCUAUAACAAGAUGUGAGUGCCAGUGAAUGUGAAGUGACAGCGAUGGCGGCCAGAGAGGCGACAGUGCUGCUCCAGUCGAAGAUAGAAGCACAGAAGCAGACGGCCCACCCGGAACACCGGACGCUGGGCCACGCAGCCACGCUGUCCACGUCGAUGCUGGCCGGCGCGCUGGCCGGUGCGAUGGCGAAGACGGCCAUAGCGCCGCUGGACAGGACCAAGAUCAAUUUCCAGACCUCCCAAAUCCCUUAUUCCUGGAAGGCAGCAGUCGACUUCCUCAUCCACAGCGCUCGCACAGAGGGCGUCCUGGCGUUAUGGCGGGGAAACAGCGCAACCAUGGCGCGGAUAGUACCAUACGCGGCGAUACAGUUCACAGCGCACGAGCAAUGGAAGCGGGUGCUGAGGGUCGACACGCCCGCAAGCGCAAAACAGCACCCUAUAAUCCACCUGGUUGCGGGUUCCCUAGCAGGUGUGACGUCACAAAGCGCCACCUACCCCCUCGAUUUGGCCAGAGCCCGGAUGGCGGUCACGAACGCACAGGAAUAUAGGACGCUUACCGCUGUUUUUGUUAAGGUCGUGAGUACUGAAGGAUUCUCCACUUUGUAUAGAGGUUAUCCUGCGACGGUGCUCGGCGUCAUUCCUUAUGCUGGUGUCUCUUUCUUCACGUACGACACUCUCAAACACACGUAUCUCGAACACUUCGGGACGCCCCAAAGCACAAUAGUGAAUGUGGCGUUCGGGGGCGCCGCCGGGGCGCUGGCGCAGAGCGCGUCGUACCCGCUCGACAUCGUGCGGCGCCGCAUGCAGACCGCGCGUCGCCGUCUCGACGGCUCCUAUCCGUACUCCAGCAUUACGAACACCAUAACUUACGUUUAUAGUACGGAGGGCUGGCGAGGGUUCUUCAAAGGGCUCAGUAUGAACUGGGUGAAAGGGCCUAUAGCUGUUGGCAUCUCCUUCGCGACAUAUGACGCUGUGAAGACAGCAUUAAGAGAUAUCGCGCUGAGAUUCAGCUAGCUAAUGUAAUUGAUUUUGUUAUAUACAUUGUAACACAAUGAUUUUUGACUAAUUUUGUAAAUAAUUAUGAGAUUUAAAUAUGACAGAGUUCGCGAUUCUCGGUUUUUUUUUCUCAUUUAUUAUUUUCAGAAUUAGCUGAAUAAUGUUUAAUUCAAAUUAAAUAAAUAUAUAUUGACGACAACUCGAGGUCCAGAUAUUUUAGUUAAUAAAGCUUGAAAGGGUUAAUGCUCGCUAGUAUAGUCUGUUUUUGUUGUGGGCAGAAAAAUCGGUCAAUGACCUCUUGCUAUCGAGAAAACAUAGAAAAUAUUGAAAUAUUUUCUAUAGUUUUCUCGAUAUUUAUUAUAAUUGUAAUAAGUAAUCUGUCGUUAAAGUUAGUUUUUUCUUAAAAGUCUUAUUAUGUGAACAAUCUAAGUCUUUAUAAUGAUAUUACAGUAAUACAAAUUGAACUAGACUUUUGUUAGCUCGCUUAUUUUUACAUCACCGACAGCUGUCACGGUCAGCUGUCAUUAUUUCCACUGACAGCUGUCAACUGUCAGUUUGUUGAUUCCUAUGCUGGCAUUCGUUACCUCAAUUUAAAAAGUUACUAGGCCGGCCGGCAUAUAUUAUCUGUGUACAAGCGAGGCGGCAUUUUAUAAGUUGUAUUGUUGAAAGAUAAGUAAUUGUAAUAUUUUAAUGGAAUACAUUUUAAUAUUAUUAUAAAAAUAAACGUUUCUUUCAUACCAUUGAUCCAUAUGAGUGUUAGUAACAAUAUAACCUAAAAAUCGAGAAUAUUUUCGUUAUUAAUAUAUAGUAGCUGAUAUGAAAAUCUAUCCGUCGUUAACACUUUAUAGAAAUUUUCUUUUUUAGGUUAAUAACCGUUUUACCUUAUAAUGUAUAAUAUUCGAACUGAUUUUCAACAAAAAGUAUUGUAAUUGUUAACAUUUUAGAAAACCUGACUUAUAUUAUCGGGACAUUGACCAUUUUAGUACGACUUUGACAAUAAUGUUUUUAAUGUUUUACUGUAGUGGUAGACAAGUAUUUUUGCAUGCUAUUGGUAUGGACAUAUAAAAAUACGGUCAAGUGUGAGUUGUAUUCGCGCACCGAGAGGCUUCACCUAAAAGUAGAUUUUUGACAUUUCAUUAGAUAUAAUGAAUCGAGCUGAUUGACAGCAUCCGUUCACGAGUUUACGGGUCAGUCGCGAAGCCCAACCAUAUUAGACAAACAAACACGAAAAUUUCUUGUUAUUCUUCGGCUUUAUUGUUAUUAAAGUUCAGAAAUACAAUAUAUUUUAUAUGUCUAUAUAAUUUAUGCUUACUGUUGAAAAAAAGAUAAAAUGUACGAGCCAAGUCUUGAAAAAAAAAUGGGGGUAUCUUGAAAAACCCCCAUCUUUUGAGAGUGUUUCAAAAGAUGGGGGAUAAUUUAAGUCCCUUUUGAUUUGGACGACCACAUUUAUUAUAAUGCUAAAAAAGAACAUCGAGUGAUUAAUGGACGUCCCGUGGAUAGAUUAAAAAAAUGUUGACAAUCCGUGCUCGAGAAUGGUACCUAACGAGAACUUAUAUUUUGACAGAUACAUACAAUUUUUCCUGCGAAAUCGUUGCGUUUAAUUAUAAUUCUUGAACAUGUACUUACGUAUAACUAUGAUUAAUUUUAAUAAUCUUUUCCGGCCAGCUAUAAAUACUCAUAAAAAAAUCAAUUGUAAAUCAGUGCCUUUGUACACAUAUAGUUGCUUUAUUGUUUUAUAGAAAUUCUAAAUUAUUUUAUGUUUACAAUGUUAAUACUUCUUUGAAUUGUUAUGUUUGAAAUGUUAUGUAUUAUGUUAAUAGAAAUAUGUAUAUUUUGGAUAAUUAUUGCACUAAUUAAAUAAAAUACCUACAGUCUGUCUAUAAAUAGUAGAAUAUAAAUGAGGGCGCAGUCUUCUAUCGACUGGCAACACUGGGUGUUUAUCAGCCAAUCCUGAUCAUUCUAUUUGGUGUUGCAAUAGCAAAAAAUGUAGUUGGUUAAGAUGUUUUUUUUUUACACUUCAUAGACGGACUGUUAUAAUAAAUAAAAGCUUGUUAAUUGUCAAUUAUGAUCAAACAAAAGUAUAAGCAUAUUGAUUUAGGCACAAAUCUAGGGAACUGAAGUCGAUUAAUAUGUUACCAGACUCACUAAUAUUAAAUCAUCAGUGUAUUAAAUCACAUCGAAUUUUAAAGUAUUUUUUAAGAUAUUACAAAAAUAUACAAAUAUGAAAAUAUUUGGACUCGCCAAAAGUGCCUCCAUAUGGAGUGUCCGGUAGUUAUAGGAGCUCAAAUUACAUUUUUGGUCUCCAAUCCUAUUACCAACCAUCGUGAGAGUCUCUUAACCGCCAAAAUCACCGACCGAGCGCGCUAACUGCGAAUUUCCUGAAUGAUAAUCCUACUAAUAUGCGACAGUUCGUGAGUAUGUAUUUUUGACACUUUCACGCGAUAUCUACUGGACGGAUUGUUAUGAAAUUUGGUACACGGGUAGAAUAUAACCUGGAAUAACACAUAGGGUACUUUUUAUCCCGAAAUUCCCGCGGGAGCUAAGCCCCGGGGCGCAGCUUAGUCUUGUAUAUUUUCAAAAAGUUUCUCACUGUGUCCGGUCCCCUAUUAGAUAAAUAUUUCAAUCCUAAUUAGUAUUGAUAAUAUAUAUUAUACAUGAACAUAGUAUGGUGCAAUACGGUUUUAUUAACGUGUUUUGUGGAUCUGUCUCCGUGCAAUCGUAAGUUCUAGUCUAGUUUAAAUGUUUAUAUAAUAGAUAUAUAGAUGUUAUACCACAGAUUAAUAUAUGGAGCGGUUUACACGAGUAUAGAUACGUUACGAUGUCAGGCUAAACUGAGCUUUACGCUGUAUGAUUUAGAGAUCAUUGCUGCUUGCGUCGUACCGUUUGAUAUGCCUCAAAUGUAAUGCAAAAUGUUAUUUCUGUUAAUUCUAGAAUAGGUUUGGCGGUUGUGUGGCCACACUGAAGAUUGUAAUAUAUAUAUUUGUUUCGCAGUAUAUCUAUCCGUUGUGAAAUAAAAACAUGUUUAUUUGUUAGAUUAAUCAAUCAAAAGUACCCCGACUUUCAAUAUUAAGAUUGUGAUCAAACAUAUCCAAGAACUACAGCAUAGAAAUUAGCUAUCAAAUAAAAAAAAUCGCAUCCAAAUCGGUCCACCCGUUGAUUAGCUACGGUGCCACGUACAUAGACAGACACACUUAGCGGUCAAACUUAUAACACCCCUCUUUUUGCGUCGGGGGUUAAUGAUUUAAUAUAAAUAUGAACUUUAAAACGUAAUUAAUUGAAAAGAGCUGGCAACGACCAAUACGCAUUUUUUUUUGUCAAUGUAAAGUGUGUCUACAGUGGACGGUUUAAAGUUCAGUUUUUAAUGAACGUAAUCUUGCCAGGUGGGAGCGUAGCGCUUUGUGUGUACUAGAACUUCAAAAGGUAUAGAAAGCCCAAAGCUAUACAUAGAAUAAAUAAUAUGACAAAAGCCGGUUUCUGCUUGGAAGUUGUAUGUAAAAUGAUUGUAGUUGUAUGUAAAUAUCACAUCUCGUCCGUCGUUUAUACAGGGUCACUGGUAUCUAACGCAUAACAUUCCAAAGGCGCAUAAGGUACAUAGAGACUGACAUCUUUUGUUCUACGACUUUUGUCUAAACGUGAUAAAUACAAAAAAUUGUUUUUUUUUUUAAGUUUUAAUGUCGUUUCUACAAACCGUUAACUCUAUGUUGGACUCCGCUACAUAACGCAGCUGCGCUGUCUCGUGUCGCUCGGCUGUUGCAUGCAGUUAACAUGUGUACAAUCGCUAAUCAGAUUGUAAUUUCUUUUUAUAUAAAAAAAAAAAAACUACGAAUCACGAAAAGUCGUAGAAUAAAAGUUGCUCGUUUUGAUGUACCCGAGUAGUCUUUAGGAGGUUUUCCGUUUGAUACCAGUGACCCUGUACAGUUUUCUUGUUGAACUUUAUUUUCUGUUCUUCAUACAUAACUACAACUGCGAUAUAUUUUAUUAAAUUCUUUUAGUGUGGUUCUGCCGCUUAUCGAGUAUUAUCUCAACUCAUUUUAUAUGUUUUUUCUAGGUUACAUUUAGUGUUAAGAGUAUUAAUGUGUUCGGCGGUGUGAGGCCAAGUCGCUGAUUUUUUACACUUCUUGUCAUUUAACUUUUACGAAUAUUUCAUGUAAGAAUAUUUUGACUUAU